CAGUCGGUGGCGCGGGUUAGUGGAGACGGGAGCCGGCCGGCCGCGGUCAGACGUCGCCCGGCGCGACCUCUCUGGCGGUGCCGCCUCCGCCUCGGCCAGCGUGUGCAGUGUCUUCCGCGGCACAGCCGGUGAGAGGCGGGCGGCGGCGACGACUGCGUCAGGCGAGACGCCACCUCGAAUCGGCUUGAAGGCUGAGCGCCUUCUCGUCGUGUAAAUUCCAGCGUCGAACAUUUGCCGGCGAGGUGGGAAAUCACGGCGCCUUGCGCGAGCACCCGCGGGACAAUCAACAGGUGCGGCGGAAGUCGCGCUGGGCGGAGCUUUCGCAAAGAGGAUGGAGCUCCGACCUUGUCCCGCGGCCAAUCUGGGCCUGUUGCGUCUUUAGCCGGCCAGGCAGAGCGUGGAGCGCCACCUCGACGGGAGCCCGGCCGCCGAGCCGCAGACAGUCCCGCACGUCCGAGCCACGGCGGGCCCGGCUCACUCGCCGGCCGGCUCCGGCUCCGGCUCCGGCUCCAGUGGCGACUCCGGCAUGGACGGCUGGUGCUGCUCGCUGGUGUCGGCCGCCUGUCGGCUGCUGGCGUUCGUGCUAGACUCGCCUCGCGACCGCAAGCGGCGGCGAGACGCAGCCGACCCGCCACAGGAGCGACCUGACCCGCACAGGAGCCCAGAAGUCGUCAUAGAAAGGAAGGAAGAUGGCGUCCACAUAUCCUUGGCAGGCAUGGCCAGCAGCGGCAGCGACACGUCGUCCGGCGCCGGCUCGCCUCCGGUCUCUGACGGCGACCGAGUGCUGCUGUCGACCCUGGACACGCGCCGCACCCGGCCCCUGCACACCGGCCGCUUCCUGACGCUGCACAAGCGGCGCAGGAAGCGGCUCUGCACCCGCCAGCUCACCGGAGACCGUGCCCUGCUCGACGACGUGUAUCACGGUCCGGCGCAGUUGGUGCUGGAGCGGAUAGAACGGUGGAACUUUAACGCCUUCACCCUGGACACGGUGACUGGAGGUCGUUCCGUGCCAGUUCUAUGCGUUCAUCUCUUCAAAGAGUUCGGCCUCAAUAGUGCUUUCAAUUUGGACGUCGUGAAAGUGUGGAAGUGCUUUUCUUUAAUUGAAGAGGGUUACCACAACACGAACCCUUAUCACAACUCCAUCCACGCCGCCGACGUCACUCAGGCUAUGUACUGCUUUCUGCGCGAGCGCAAGGUCACAGAGCACCUGACGCCGAUGGAGCGGAUGGCUGCGGUUCUGGGGGCCGUGUGUCACGACCUGGACCACCCGGGUGUCAACCAGCCCUUCCUCAUCGCCACCGCCAACCACCUGGCCACGCUGUACAAGAACGCCUCGGUUCUGGAGAACCACCACUGGCGGAUGGCGGUGGGCUGCGUGGCCGACUCGGGCAUGCUCAGUCACCUGGACCCGAUCAUCUUCUCAGAGCUGAUGGGCCAGAUCCGCUCGCUCAUCCUGGCCACAGAUAUCGCGCGCCAGGGCGAGUUCAUCGCUCAGUUCCAGAGCUACAUGACCAACUCCUCGCUGAACAUGCGGUGGGCGGCGCACCGGCACUUCAUCCUGCAGAUUGCGCUCAAGUGCGCCGACAUCUCCAACCCGUGCCGCUCAUGGGACAUCAGCCAGAAAUGGAGCAGAAAGGUCUGUGAUGAGUUCUACCGUCAGGGAGACUACGAAAGAAAGCUGAACUUGCCAAUUACCAGUUUGUGUGACCGCACCGGAAGCUCCGUCGCCAAAAUACAAGUUGGGUUCUUCCGCCAUGUUGUGCGCCCGCUGUUCUUCGAGUGGCACCGUUGGCUGACGACGCCGCUGUCGUGUGAGAUGAUGCGUAACCUGGACCACAACCACGCCUGCUGGGAGCGCUGGCUGCAGCAGGAGACCGAGGAGGAGACCAAGACGGAGAUGUCCGACACGGACGUCGUGCGGCUCGACGACCCGACCGACGACGAGGUGUCGGAGAGCGUGUCGGAGUCGGAGCUGCGCGAGCUCCUGACGGUGCCGGCGCACGGCAGCCGGCGCCACAGCGCACCCGUCAACUUCCCCCGGCCCGUGGCGCGCACCAUCAUCCGACGCGAGAGUCUGCCGGCGCAACCACCGCGGCGCCUGCGCACCGAGACGCUGCUGCACCUGCAGCGCGCCGGCGGGCCCAGCCUGCUCUCGGUCUGCUCACUGGCCAGCCUCCGCGUGCCGGAGGAGGCUGAGGGCGAGAGCGACAUCAGCGCUGAGUACCUGCUGCCGGACCCCAGCAUCACGAGCAUCACGGCCGGUGGCACCGCCACGCCGCUCAGCAACUGGACGCCGACGCCCAAUCGCGACGCGUCUUCGGGCAGCCUUGCGUCGCUAUCGCCGCCCGGCUCGCCGCCCGGCUCGCCGCCGCCGCCGCCAGCGUUGUCGGCCGGCGAGGGUCGCCUGGCACGCCAGCGCACCUUCCCGCUCACGCAGCCGGGCGACGCGUCGCGCGUGCGUUACCUCUCGCUGCCGGUGAGCGGUCCGCCGACCGGCUGCCGCGCCGGAAACCUGGGCGACACGCUGCGCAGGCGCGGGUCGGCGCCCGUCAAGCUGGGCUGCGCGCAGGAGGCGCGCACGCUCGCUCGCAACAGCUCAUUCACCGAGGACCUCAUGGGUAUCUGCAGUCCGAGCUGGGCCGAGCCGGGUGGCCAGCGGCGACGGCCCCGGCUUCUCACCUCCACCGUCGGCGAGUGGCAUGGCUCGUGGGACGAGGGUGGCGACGACGCGGCCCCGGCCGGCGUCAUGCGAGCGGGCCACUAG